AUGGUAGCAUCAUUACUGAGACUUGCAGUCCUCGGGACGUUGGCAGCGCAGGCCGUCUGCAAGACUGUCAAUACAUCAUCCCUCUUGAGCUACCAAGACAAACCACGAGUAUUCAUCCUUUCGGACAUCUCGAAUGAACCGGAUGACCAAGAGUCCUUGACACGGUAUCUCCUCUACUCUAACCAAUUCAAAACCGAGGGUCUCGUGGCAUCGACAUCCACUUGGCUCAGAGAUGCAGUGCACCCGGAGGACAUGUUGCAGGUGAUCAACGCCUAUGGAAAUGUCACCGAUAACCUCAACAAGCAUGCUCCUCCCGACGCCCAGUAUGCCUCCGGAGAUUACUUCCGGAGUAUCCUGCGCAGUGGCGCACCGACCUAUGGCAUGAAAGCAGUGGGAAGCAACGUUUCACUUAGCGACGGCGGAAAGCUCCUUCUCCAACGGCUUCAGUCCCCAUCCGAGAAGCCCCUCUGGGUCCUCGCUUGGGGUGGUACAAAUGUUCUGGCUCAGGUGCUGUAUAAGAUCCACCAGAACUACUCAUCCGAAGACGCGGCUGCCAUGCGUUCCAAACUGCGCGUGUAUGCCAUUUCCGAUCAGGACGACACGGGUCCCUGGAUCCGUCGGAACUACCCAGAUAUCUUCUACAUUUCCUCCACCCAUGGAUGGAACCAAUACGGUAUGGCUACAUGGAUCGCCAUUUCCGGCGAGACGUACUACAACAAAGAUGAGGGUGGUCCAAAUGGAACCACCGUGACUCAUGCGUGGCUCCGCGACAACAUCCAGAUUGGACCCUACGGUAGCGUGGCAUAUCCCGAUUUCAAGUUCAUCAUGGAAGGCGAUACUCCUACCUUCCUGUAUCUGAUCCAGAAUGGAUUGGGGGACUCCGAGAACCCCGGAUAUGGAUCUUGGGGUGGAAGAUAUACCAAGGUGGAUCCGUCAACAGCCGUGAACUACAACCACUACAGCGAUGCUGCGGAUCGCGUGGUGGGUCUUAACAACAAGACCUUUAGCUCCAACUAUGCUACUAUUUGGAGAUGGCGUGACGCUUAUCAGAACGAUUUCGCCGCUCGGAUGCAAUGGACUCUCCCGGCGAACACUAGCAAGGCGAACCAUCACCCCGUUGUCUCUGUGAAUGGAGGGAAGGAGUUGGCUCCAUACAAGGUUACGGCUGAAGCAGGUUCGACGAUUAACCUCGAUACUGCUGGCACUUAUGAUCCCGAUGGCGAUACGUUGUCGUACAACUGGUUCCAGUACGAAGAGCCGGGCUCCGAUGAUUGGAACGUGGCAGGACAGGUCCCUGCAUUAAACUUGACUACUGCGAACGCUGGCCAACAGGUACAGGUGAAGAUCCCCGCGUCCGAGGACAGCUGUAAUGGAAAGGGGGACAACCCUUCUGGCUGUUGGUUGUUGCAUUUGGUUCUGGAGGUUAAGGAUAAUGGCAUUUAUCCCUUGACAACUUACCGUCGGGUGCUGAUCCAGACUACUAACCAAACGAUCUCUACGUGA